UUAUCCAACUUCUUUGCUUCACUAUUGUCUUGAAACUCCACCGUUGUCUCAUUGGGCGUCUCCUCUUUCUCUGCUCCAAAUGCUUCUCCUCCUCCCGCCAUCUUCUUCCCUCUUCGCCUCCAGAUUCAAAGCACAUGGAUUCCCCACUCCGGGCCGCCUCGACCGCCAGCGGAUGCCUCUCCUUCACACCCCUCGGCGGCGGGGGAGCCGGCUGCCGGCGCUCGCCAGCUCUGACGACGUCGACGCCUUCACCAAGUACUCAGGCUAUCUCUUCGAGGGCGGCGCGUCAUCCGAGGCCGAGUUCCUGGACGCGUACGACCUGCCGUUGAUCACCUCCAUCUACCGCCGGAAGCCCUUCCUGGUCUUGCGACGAUUCCUCCAGAUCAGCACCACCUUCGGCCGGUGGUUCACGGUGCGGUACCUCGACAGCGUCUCGGAUCGCUCGGAUGAGAUGUUUAAGACUAGGGCGGCCGAGCUGCGCGCAAUUUUGCUGGAGCUUGGCCCGGCAUUUGUAAAAAUUGCUCAAGCGGUUUCAUCACGACCAGAUGUGAUUCCACCUGCAUAUUUAGAGGAACUGUCAUUGUUGCAAGAUCGCAUAACUCCCUUUUCAACUGAGAUUGCCUUCAAUAUGAUAGAGAAAGAGCUCGGACAACCAAUAGAUAUUCUUUUCUCUGAAAUCUCACCAGAGCCAAUUGCUGCAGCAUCUCUUGGACAGGUUUACCAGGCUAGACUUCGUUCUUCUCGAAAAGUCGUUGCAGUGAAGGUACAAAGACCUGGAGUUCAAGCAGCAAUUUCAUUAGACAUAUUUAUCCUGCGUUAUAUUGCAGGGUUUGUGCGGAGAGCUGCCAGGCUUAACACUGAUCUUCAGGCUGUGCUGGACGAAUGGGCAUCAAGUUUAUUUCGGGAGAUGGAUUACCGUGCUGAAGCAAUGAAUGGACUAAAAUUCAGGAAGCUAUAUGGAGGACUACAGGAUGUAUUUGUACCAGAAAUGUACUUAGAACAAAGUAGUCGCAGAGUCCUCAUCAUGGAAUGGGUGGAUGGAAAUAAAUUGUCGGAGGUCAAAGAUAUUUAUCUCAUUGAGGUAGGAGUAUAUUGCUCGCUUUCUCAGCUUUUAGAUUAUGGAUUUUAUCACGCGGAUCCACAUCCUGGAAAUCUUCUGAGGACAUCGGAUGGGAAACUAGCCUACUUAGAUUUUGGAAUGAUGGGCGAAUUUAGGCAAGAGCUUCGAGAUGGAUUUAUUCAAGCAUGUCUUCACAUGGUUAAUCGUGAUUUUGAUGCUCUUUCAAAUGAUUUUAUUACUCUUGGUCUCCUUCCUCCAACUGCACAGAAGGAUGAAGUUACCAAGGCAUUAACAGGUGUUUUCCAAAAUGCUGUGAACAAAGGAGUUCGAAAUAUAAGCUUUGGAGAUUUGUCGGGAAAUCUUGGACGAACCAUGUACAAAUUUAAGUUCCAAAUACCAUCUUACUUUUCUCUCGUCAUUCGAAGUCUUGCUGUUCUUGAGGGCAUUGCAAUCAGUUUUGAUCCAAAUUACAAAGUCUUAAGUAGUUCAUACCCAUGGAUUGCAAGAAAAGUUCUCACUGAUAGCUCACCUCAGCUGCAAUCUACCUUGCAGACUCUCCUUUAUAAGGAAGGAGUUUUCAGGAUUGAUCGUCUAGAAUCAUUGUUAACCGAGUCACUUCGUGCGAAGACCGAACAAUCUCUUGUUAGGAAAGAAGUGGAAGAUUCUGAUUCAAAUAAAGCAAUAAAACAAGUACUCUCAUUCACAUUGACUGAAAAGGGAGCAUUUGUCAAGGAAAUACUUCUGCAAGAAUUUGCUAAGGGAAUAGAUGCACUUGGCUUAGCAACUUUGGAAACUUUGACAUCUGCUGCUGCUGCAAGGUUGCCUUUUACCAUUGGAUAUUCAUCAUCCUUCAUGGAUAAUGAGGACAUUGCCAACUUGAGAACUCUUAAUCGCCUUCUUCUGCUGCCAUACAGACUUCAGAAGAAUGAGAAUCCAAAUUCAGAAGUAAACUAUGCAAAUUCUGGAGAGAACAAAAAUGCUUCUGUGGAGGAGCUAUCUCUCGUUCUAUAUCAAAUGACAUCUGCACAGGAUAUUUUACCAAUUCUUUCUGUCAUUCCUGAGCUUCCUUCAGAGUCGCAACAACAACUGGUUCGUCUACCAGCAGAUUUAGCUGGGAGGCUGUUGUCUCGUGUGGUAGCAAGAUCUAUCAGACGGAUUUUUGUAUAAGUUGCUUCCAAGGCUCAUUAUUUGGCUCGCCUCCAGAAAGGGAUUAAAGGGACUCAAAGUGAUGCUUCGACUUGUUUAUUGCAUCCAUGGUUUUGUUUUCUUUGGUAAUCCCAACCACUGCAAGGUAAAAGGUGAUAUCUUUCCCUCUGAAAAUUAUGUUCUUAAACAGAGUUGAUGUGUAUACAUGUAUAUAUAGAAUUCAGUGCAUGCCUUGAUUGCUUCUAGCAAUAUCUUCUUCAGUCAUUAAUUGAUUCAAGAGGAUCGAGAUCACUGUAUCUUGUUUAGCUUGAAUUGUGAUUCGAACGGUAGAGGGUAGAUAAAUGUGUGACUUGCAUUUGAACAACUAGACUGAUGCAAGUAGCCAACAAUAAGGAUUCCUGGCAAUCCAUGCAUCUGUAAUAAUCAAGAGAAAUGCUGUUCAUGAGAUCCGUAAUGGAUAAUAUUGUCUUUGAUCGUUAGCAACCUCUUGGAUCUGUUGAUGUGGUGCUUCUAUUUGUCCACAAGCUGAUGCACUAAUUACGUCAGAUGAAACCAUUAUAAACUGGGAUAUGGAGUGGAACAUUUCAUCAGCAUGGAGAACUAGAAUCCACCGCAAGGGAAGUCUAAAUCAACUGCUGCUGCUUGAAGAUGAGUCACACCAGAUAACCUAUCAGUUUGGUAUUGACUUCAAUCAUUCCAUGUGAAAAAUAUGGUUUUGAGACUACAUUAUGAGAAGAUAUUUGAUCACCUGUGAUGAACAUAUCCAUUGUGGGGUAUGCUUUCCCUGCUGUUGCUCUUUAACAGUAAAUUGUUCUCUUGGUGGUAAACAUGGUGCAUCAAAGAAUCUGAUUCAUGAACAAUA